AUGGGCCUUCUUUCUUUAGGCACGCCUCUUCACUGGACUGAGUCCCGCAACUAUGCUGAGCAUGUGCGGGAGAACGGUGUUGAGCAGCUGAUCAACUGUUUUGCGGCGGCAAAGGCCCGGGAGAACGACCCUUUCUUGUGGGGAGACGAGGUGGAAUAUAUGCUUGUUAGUCUGGACAAAAGUCACAAGACUGCCCGUCUGGCGAUCGAUAAGGACUACAUCUUGCGCGAUCUCGGCGAAGAUGGAUCCUUCUACGAGCUGGCCACGAAAAACAACGUCCUGUUCCACCCGGAGUAUGGCAGAUUCAUGAUUGAAGCCACACCCCUGAGACCCUAUCAUGGAUUCGACGUCAAGGACUACACGUACGUGGAAGAGAACAUGGCCAAGAGACGCCAGAUCGCCGUGGGACAGCUGGGCGGCUCCAACGUAGUGCCAUUGACCCUGACCUCGUUCCCAAGAAUGGGUGUGGAUAUUUUCACCGAACCUGCAGCACAGGCCAAUGGCGAGGCUAGCAAAUCUUUAUUUUUGCCAGACGAGAUCAUCAACCGGCAUUUCAGGUUCCCGACACUGACGGCCAAUAUUCGCCGCAGACGGGACCAGAAGGUGAGCAUCAACAUCCCGCUAUUCAAGGAUGAGCAUACAAACCUGUCCGUACCAGAUCCAACCAUUCCUCGUCGGGAUUUGUUCCCGUACAAUGACGAGGAAGCAUUCCUCGGCGCAGCCAAGCCAGGACACAUCUACAUGGACUCCAUGGGCUUUGGAAUGGGCGCCUCGUGUCUACAGGUGACGAUGCAGGCUUCUGAUGUGCGGCAGGCCAGGUUUCUGUACGACUCGCUGGUGAAUGUGGCUCCAUUGAUGUUGGCGGUGACUGCGGCGGCUCCCAUUUUCCGUGGCCACCUGGCAGACCAGGACGUGCGGUGGAACGUGAUUGCAGGGGCGGUGGACGACCGCACUCCGUUUGAGCGGGGCGAGCCUCCGCUCAAGGGCCACAAGGAACGCGGCAACACCACCGACUCGGCCGUUUUGCAGCGGAUCCCCAAGUCCAGAUACGACUCGGUGGACCAGUACCUGGGAGACAUCGACGCCUCGGGCAGCGAGUUCUCGUACUUCCGCAAGGAGUACAACGACAUCGAGUCGCCGAUCAACAGCAAGGUGUUUGCGAAGCUGGUCGCCAACGGGUUUGACGAGACGCUCGCCAACCAUUUUGCACACCUGUUUAUCAGAGACCCGAUCGUGAUAUUCACGGAGUCGAUCCACCAGGACAACCUCACAGAAACAGACCAUUUCGAGAACAUCCAGUCGACGAACUGGCAGACGCUGCGUUUCAAGCCGCCAAAGCAGAACGCCGUGCCGGGAAAUGACGACGUGCCCGGGUGGAGGGUCGAGCUGCGGCCGAUGGAGAUCUCGAUCACCGAUUGGGAAAACGCUGCCUACGCAGACGUGUCGAUCUUGCUGGCCCUGGCCGUACUCAAGUACAAGCCCAACUUCUACCUGCCGAUCUCGUACGUGGAGGCCAACAUGAAGACUGCGCACCGGCGCAACGCGAUUGUGGAGCACAAGUUCCACUUCCGCACCAACAUCUGGGAGUCUGGGCCGGCCAAGGUUGCACAGCUGAGUUUGGACGAGAUUUUCAACGGCGGCGCGGCCUUUGAGGGCUUGUUGUCGCUGGUGCGGCAGUUCAUCAAGGAGACCUGGGAGCCCGCAGCCACAGGUAAGCUAGACGCGUAUCUGAAGCUGGUGAGCUACCGGGCCUCUGGCAAGAUCCCGUCCACUGCCAGCUACAUCCGCAACUUCGUGGUCAGCCACCCAGACUACAAGAAGGACAGCAUCGUCAGCGAACAGAUAAACUACGACCUGAUUGACACGAUAGCGAGACUGUCAAAGUACGAACACGAGCUGGUGUCCGACUUUUUCGGGCCGGAGCUGGGCAAAUGGUUGAUAGAGAACAAAUACUGA